AUGGCAACACCUCAACAUCCUCCCGAGCCAGCACCGCAAGAGAAGACAUUCAGCACCUAUAACGCCGGUCAAGGUCAAAAGUACGCCCAAGUCCGGCGCGACUACCACCCAAAAGUCUACCAGACCAUCCUCGACCACCAUAUCUCGACCGGCGGCCAUCUCGAUACCCUCCUGGACGUUGGCUGCGGCCCUGGAAACGCAACACGCGCAUUGGCACCACACUUCACGCAGGCCAUCGGUCUCGACCCGUCCGAGGGCAUGAUCGCUACUGCUCGCUCUCUCACAUCCGCCUCCGCCUCCCGGACCAACAACAACAUCCGCUUCGAUGUAUCUACGGCCGAACAACUGGGCUCCAAUAUCGCUCCACCGGUCGAGGACAGUAGUGUCGACCUCGUCACCGCCGCCAACGCGGCCCACUGGUUCGACAUGUCGCGCUUCUGGCCUGCCGCCGCAAGGGUGCUCAAACCUGGUGGCACCGUCGCCCUCUGGACCAGUGGCGCGAUCCGCACGCACCCGUCCGUUCCGAACGCCACCGCCAUUCAGGCCGCAAUGGACGAACACCAAGAAACCCACAUGGCACCCUUCACGGAGCCGGGCAACAUCCUCACGCGGAACCGCUACGUCGACAUCGCGCUUCCUUGGACACUCGCACCUACACAGCCGCCGGUGCACAACUUUGACCCAGACACGUUCGUCCGGCUUGAAUGGCCCAUCGACGAGCCCUUCUUCGACCGAGGCCAGUCUGCAGCUGGCGGCGGCGGCGGCGGCGGCGGUGGUGGCGACGAAGCUGGCGCGGAUCUCGAUACGUUCGAGAAGAUGAUGGCCACCGGAUCUGCCGAGACAAGGUGGCGCCAGGCGCAUCCCGAUCUGGUGGGUACGGAGGGUGAUGUGCUCAAGCAAUUGAGGCUCAAAAUUACAAGGUUGUUGCACGAGGCUGGUGUUAAACCGGGGGAGGAGAGGCUGCGAGGCGUGGUGGAGGGAGUUUUGUUGUUUGUCAAGAAGAAGAAGGACGAGGUGGUAGUGGUCUGA